AUGUCUACCGCGAGUACAAUUUUGAGUAUCACGAAGUACAAAACGCAGCUCAUGGAGAUGAACUCCUAUGAGUUGAUCGCCGGAGCUGCUAUUUACCACGCUGGCAAAGCAUUGGAAACGCACUGCAUAGACCACGGUACGCCUUCAUACAAGCAGGAAGAUCAACUUUGUACGUCUUUUGCGGAGGGCUUCAUUCGUCAUGUGGUUAAGACUAAGGGGCUUGACUAUGUAGACAUAGCAGAGGCAAAGCACACGGUCAACGGGUUGGUGCAGCUGCAAUUCAAUUGA